AUGUCGGCUGUUUCGGAUCUUCAUACUACGAAUGGAACUCGAAGAAAUUCAACACUCAUCUGUGCGCCAGUAAUGGCGGAAUCAGUUGAUCAAAUGCUGGUCCAAAUGGGGAAGGCAAGGGAAGUUGGUGCUGACCUCGUUGAAAUUCGAUUGGACUUCUUGAAGAACUUCAGUCCAAGACAAGAUCUCGAAAUAUUGAUUAAACAUUCUCCUUUGCCAACUCUUUUCACUUACAGGCCAGCAUGGGAGGGUGGUCAAUAUAAAGGUGAUGACAACAAGCGACAAGAUGCACUGCGUCUAGCCAUGGAAUUGGGAGCAGAUUAUAUUGAUGUUGAACUGCAGGUAGCCCAUGACUUCUACAAUUCCAUUCAAGGGGAGAAGCCAGAAAAGGUCAAAAUCAUUGUUUCUUCACACAACUAUCAGAAGACUCCAUCCACAGAGGAAAUUGGUGAUCUUGUUGCAAGGAUACAAGCCACUGGAGCUGACAUAGUGAAGAUUGCAACAACUGCCUUAGACAUCACCGACUCUGCACGUGUAUUUCAAGUACUAGUGCAUUCUCAAGUCCCAAUGAUAGGGCUUGUUAUGGGCGAGAAGGGUUUGAUCUCACGUGUACUUAGUGCAAAAUAUGGUGCAUUUCUCACAUUUGGUACAAUAGAGGCGGGAGUAGUAUCAGCACCUGGCCAGCCUACUGUAAAAGAUCUGUUGGACUUGUACAAUUUCAGACUUAUAGGGCCGGAUACCAAAGUACAUGGUGUGAUAGGAAAUCCUAUUGGUCACAGUAAAAGCCCUCAUCUUUACAAUGCAGCAUUCAAAUCUAUUAAUUUCAAUGGAAUUUAUUUGCCUCUGUUGGUUGAUAGCGUUGCGAACUUUAUCGACACCUAUAACUCCCCGGAUUUUGUUGGAUACAGUUUUACAAUUCCUCACAAGGAGGCUGGAUUAAAAUGCUGUGAUGAAAUCGAUCCAAAGGCCAAGGAAAUAGGAGCAGUUAAUUGCAUGAUCAGGAGAACAGCCGAUGGAAAAUUAAUAGGCUAUAAUGUGGACUAUCUUGGAGCAAUUGCAGCAAUUGAGGAAGGACUUCAAGCAUUAAAUGGUUCAAGUAAUACAUCUGGUUCCCUGUUAGCCGGUAAGUUAUUUGUGGUGAUGGGAGCUGGUGGUGCUGGAAAAGCACUUGCUUAUGGCGGAAAAGAAAAGGGAGCAAGAGUUGUAGUUGCCAAUCGCACAUAUGACAAAGCCAAGGCACUUGCAAAUAAAGUUGGAGGAGAAGCUAUUACUCUUGCUGAAUUGGAAAAUUUCCAUCCAGAGGAUGGGAUGGUUCUUGCAAAUACCACAUCCGUUGGAAUGAAACCAAGAACUGAUCAAACACCCGUAUCCAAGAAAGCUUUGAAGCACUACUCUUUGGUGUUUGAUGCCAUUUAUACACCUAAGUGGACAAGACUCUUGCAAGAAGCACAAGAGUCUGGAGCAGCUGUGGUCUUUGGGACAGAAAUGCUCCUCAAUCAAGCAUUUGUACAGAUUGAAAAUUUUUCCGGUGUACCUGCACCAAAGCAACUGAUCAGGGAUGUGUUGGCAAGAAAUACAUAA